GCUGCCCCAUCUUUCCCAGCGGAUCAGGUAGCCAUUGAAAUCUGCGAGAAAAGGAAAUAUCUCAAAGGAGAGAAAAAUGUCAUCUUCAAUAGUCCACUUAGCUUCGCCGGAAAGUAACGGCACUAACCAUGAAGACGGGAACGAUUCCGGCUUCCGUACAGUACUCGAUCCGACGGCUCCUAGCUUUAUUCUACCAGCUGAGACCUUUCUCCAGGCCGCCGUAUCUCUCAAAGACCAGGUCGUAGACAUGACGUGGAAAGCACGCGGUGGCAGUGCGGUUACUCAUAUGGACCCGACUGUUUACACGGGUCUGCUGGGGACGGCCUACACCUGCCUCCGCUCGUUUCAGGCCACCGGAAACCGCCAAGACCUGCGCUUGUGCGCCGAUAUUGUUGACACCUGCGCUUCCGCCGCACCGGCCACCAUCAGGCACAUAACUUUUCUGUGUGGUAGAGGAGGACUCUAUGCACUCGGUGCAGUUGCUGCCAACUACUGUGGGGACCAGCAGAAGCGAGACUCUUAUUUGGACUAUUUUUUUGAGGUGGCACAGGAAAAGGCCCUGCCUGUUGGUCCUGAGGAGGGGGGAUUUGGAAUGUCAUAUGAUCUCCUUUAUGGAAGAGCAGGUUUUCUGUGGGCUGCUCUUUUCAUAAAGCAGCACCUGGGAUCCGAGGCAGUGCCAAACGAAACUCUGAUGCCGGUUGUUGAAGCCAUACUAGAAGGAGGCCGAGCUGGGUCGUCUGAUAAUUCAAUGUGUCCACUGAUGUACAGAUGGCACGGCACAAGGUACUGGGGUGCAGCUCAUGGGCUUGCUGGUAUAUUGAACGUUUUACUGCAUUUCCCACUAUCUGAAGAUGGCGUGGAGGACGUGAAGGGGACGUUGAGGUACAUGAUGAACAACAGGUUCCCACACAGUGGUAAUUACCCAGUGAGCGAGGGAAACCCGAGGGACAAGCUGGUGCAAUGGUGUCACGGUGCAACUGGCAUUGGCAUCACUCUCUGCAAAGCAUCCCAGGUAUUUCCAAACGAUAGGGAAUUUCGCGAUGCUGCAAUAGAAGCAGGGGAAGUAGUGUGGAAGAGCGGGCUGGUGAAGAAGGUGGGACUGGCAGAUGGCACUGCUGGGAACGCUUACGCAUCCCUUUCCCUGUAUCGGCUUACUGGUGAGAGCAUAUACCAAGAAAGAGCAAGAGCGUUCGGGAGCUUCCUGUACCAUAAUGCUGGGGACAUCAUGGCUGGAUCACAAGGCGACGGAGCAGCAGAUCAUGCCUACUCCCUCUUCCAAGGACUAGCCGGCGUGGCUUGCUUGUGGUUCGAUUUGAUCGCCCCACACAAUUCCAGGUUUCCUGGCUACGAAAUUUAAACUCUAAAGCCAAAACAUAAUCCUAUAGUUAUGGUUAUGUCUGUCUCUCUGUCUGUCUGUAAAACUAAAAUUUAAAACGCCAUCACUUCUCUUGUAUAUAUAUUGUCUGCUUUUAAUGAUUAUAACAAUGAUUACUCCAACUA